GAUGGCACCCCUGGAAAGACCAUAGGGUGAGGCUCAGCUCGCGUGUGUUCUCAGCCGUGAGAAUUUUGCCUUGCAGGUUCUCACCCCAGGUUUUGAGAUGAUGGGACUGGGAAACGGGCGUCGCAGCAUGAAGUCGCCGCCCCUUGUGCUGGCUGCGCUGGUGGCCUGUAUCAUCGUCCUGGGCUUCAACUACUGGAUUGCCAGCUCCCGGAGCGUGGAUCUCCAGACGAGGAUCGUGGAGCUGGAAGGCAGGGUCCGCAGGGCGGCUGCGGAGAGGGGCGCGGUGGAGCUGAAGAAGAAUGAGUUCCAGGGGGAGCUGGAAAAGCAGCGGGAGCAGCUCGACAAGAUCCAGUCCAGCCACAACUUCCAGCUGGAGAGUGUCAACAAGCUGUACCAGGAUGAGAAGGCAGUUCUGGUGAAUAACAUCACCACCGGCGAGAGGCUCAUCCGAGUCCUGCAAGACCAGUUGAAGACCCUGCAGAGGAAUUAUGGCAGGCUGCAGCAGGACGUCCUCCAGUUCCAGAAGAACCAGACCAACCUGGAGAGGAAGUUCUCCUACGACCUGAGCCAGUGCCUCAGUCAGAUGAAGGCGGUGAAGGAGCAGUGUGAGGAGCGAGUAGAAGAAGCCGCCGGAAAGGGGAACGCAGCUGCCGCUUCCAGGGGCCUGGGUGAAAGCAAAGACCAAAGUCAGCAGCUCCAAGCCCCCCGCGAGCCUCAGCCCAGGCUGCAGGCAGCAGCUCUACCACAGGCCGAGGCAGCACAAGGGAAAGGAAACGCGCCCAGCAGCAGUGAGGCCCAGACCCCGGCCCCCAGUUCCAAGGUGGCUUUGGAUUUGAAGAGACGAGGGGCAGAAGAGGAAACAAACGAGAUCCAGAUCGCCAGCGAGGAGGCGUCUCGAAGGGACAGCCUGGGCCUGCCGCAAGAGCCGGGUCUGGAGCAGGCGGUGGAAGACAGACUCGUGGGCAGAGGUGGCUUCGCGGGAGCCGGAGAGCUGGGCCGGACCCCGCGGGUGCCAGCCGCCCUGCUGGCGAGCCAGGAAAAUCAGGAAGUGGAAGGCCCCGAGCGGGACCAGCUUGUCAUUGCCACCGGGCAGGAGGAGCAGGAUGCUGCUGAGGAAGGGAGAAACCAGCAAAAACUGGGAGGAGAUGGUGACUACAACAUGGAUGAAAAUGAGGCAGAAUCCGAAACAGACAAGCAGGCGGCCCUUGCUGGGAAUGACGGAAACUUAAAUGGUUUCUUUAGCUCAUCAUCCUCAAGUGAAAAGAAAGAACUACUCUACUAAAGAUCAUCUUUUAUCAACUCCAAGACUCCUGAGGCAAAUCCUCAGGGCCAUAGUUUGAAACAAUUAUGCUCCCAAAAAUCAUCUUGGUCAUGACUUCAUCUCAGGAGAAGGAAGAUCUGGCUCCAACUUGAACGUUAACUCUGUCAAGUACACCCAUUGCUAGUACCUAGUGCCACAGAAGUCAGGGCAAAAUGUAUUAAUUUUUCUCCAAAGGAGCAAAUAAAAGAUCUUCAAUUAA